CCUAUCUUGAGCCAACGAAAUCCCCGCCCGCGCGGAAGAACCGAUUGCUUUGCUUCACGCGCUGCUGACUGGUGGUGGUGAACGGGGGUUCUGUUUUGAAUGAGGAAAACACUGUCUAUCAAGCGUCACAUGCUGGGGCCGCGGAAGAUCGCUUCCUGAAAUGAUCUUCGUCGUUGGUUCAUCUUAUUUUUCCACUGAUGUUUUUGCAACUCUAGAUUCUGUCAUUUAACAUUCAUACCGCAAUGAUAAGCAAAGUUAAAAACGCGAUGACCACGCUGGUGGGAGGAAUGAUGCCGCACGGCCACCACCAUCAGCACGGCUCUGGGAACGUUCAGAACUGCGGUCCGGACGGUCUACCUCCACGGUUUCCCUACGGUCGACCCGACUUUCUAGACCUAACCCAGGAGCUCCUCCAAUACUCGACGGAACAUGCUACGCGACCGGUGCUCACGUUAAAAACGGACAGCAGGCUUCCUUGGCGGACGGGAUACGCAGAGGUGAUCAACGCAGGGAAGAGCAUGCUGAACGAGGACCAGGCUUGCUGUGAGAAGCUGCUGAUCAGGAAGACCAGCGGCAAGCAGCGCAACUCCACCAUGCUGGAGGACAACGGGGACGGAACAGGGAUCCCCAUGUUCUACUGGGGCGUGUUCGACGGGCACGCGGGCUCCGGCGCGGCCAUCGUGGCUUCCAAACUCCUCCACCGCCUGAUCAGGGACCGGCUGGGCGACAUCGCCCACCUGCUGGAGAACCCCACCGCUGCUCCUCCUAUCUGCCUGGCAAAGAAUGGGAGCCCCUACCAAGCGGACGUGAAGAAGGGGGCGGGCCAGGGCUCGGCGGAGGAUGGCGACGCGGUCAGCGACGCCGCCGUCCGCUUCCACAUGGAGAAGACGGUCAGUCUGGAGAGCCUGGUGAUGGGAGUCAUAGAGAACGCCUUCAAGCAGAUGGAUGAGCUGAUAGAGAAGGAGAAAGCCUCCUAUGCCAUCUCAGGGGGUUGCUGUGCCCUGGCUGCUGUUCACCUGAUGGGGAAGCUGUACGUCGCCAACGCAGGAGACAGCAGAGCCAUAAUCAUCCGCAAUGAUGAGGUCAUCCCGAUGUCCAACGAGUUUACUCCAGAAUCAGAGAGGCAGCGUCUGCAGUACCUGGGCUUCCUUAGGCCAGAGCUGCUGGGUAAUGACUUCACACACAUGGAGUUCCCCAGGAGGAUCCAACACAAGGAGCUGGGCAAGAAGAUGCUGUUCAGAGACCACACCAUGACCGGCUGGGCCUACAAGACCAUCGUGGAGGAUGACCUGAAGUUUCCUCUCAUAUACGGAGAAGGAAAGAAGGCUCGUGUCAUGGCCACCAUCGGAGUUACGCGAGGUCUGGGAGAUCAUGAACUGAAGGUGUUUAACUCCAACAUCCACAUCAAGCCCUUCCUCUCCUGCUGUCCUGAGGUGAAGGUGUACGACUUGUCUGACUACAAGCAUGGCCCCGAUGAUGUCCUGGUCAUGGGCACAGAUGGAUUGUGGGACGUGACCACCGACAGGGACGCCGCUGAUGCCGUGUCUGGCUUCCUGGCCUGCUGCGACCCCACCGACCCCCUGAGGUACACACUGGCGGCCCAAGACCUGCUGAUGAGGUCACGCGGCGUGCUGAAGGAGCGGGGCUGGAGGCUGCCCAAUGACAGACUGGGCUCGGGCGAUGACAUCACCGUGUUUGUGAUCCCGCUGGCGGAACGCGAGGUGGCGGAGACAUGACAGGCCGUGUCGCCCUGACAACCUAGAGAGGACACACCCGCCGUGCUCGGAGGACGGUGCUCAACGCUGCCCCCCCCCCAUCACCAUUUCGCCGCCCCC